UUGGUUUGCAGAGGUCUUUGAAGCAGCUCAGUGCUCCCGUGAGUGCGUUGCUCUGUUUAGUGACUUUGGAUUGCUCCCUUCUCUCUUCUCCGCUACCGGUCGUGGUUUGUGAACUGUCUUCGGCUGAGGAUGAUGUUGCAGAUCGGCCUGCUGCUGUCAGCGCUUGCAGCAUUUACCCACGCGGGAUACGUGGAGCAAGAGGUGUACGCUCCCCAGCCGUACCAGUUCGGCUACGAAACGCAGGACGAAUACGGCAACCGCCAGUCCCGCCACGAACAGGACGCUGGGAACGGCGUUAAGACCGGAUCCUACGGCUACCGCGAUGCGCACGGCUUGUACAGACAGGUUCAGUACGUCGCGGACGCAGCCGGUUUCAGAGCAUGGGUGAAGACUAACGAACCAGGGACGGUGAACUCUGCUCCAGCUGGAGUCCAAAUCGAAUCCGAUCAAUCUCCGGCAGCUGUGCUCACGAAAGCAGCAGCGGUACACAUCCCGGUGCACGUCCCUAGGGUAGCGCCAGUCGCUGUGGUAGCUCCUGUAGCUAGCGCUCCAGUUCACGCGUUUCAGGCGUCCCAUCCAGUCUACAAGGCUCACCACGGGGACUACGCAGUAAGGACGUCUUCGUUAGGACACGUCCAGCAAGCUUACUCGCAUCAGGUACCCGCGUUCCAGCGCUUGGCCGUCGCCCCUGCUUCACCUACAGCAGUCGUGCAGCCACUGGUAGCGGUUCAGUCGGCGUCACCCCUCGUCGCCACGGUUCCCCGCGUUGCUCGUCGCCAACUGAGGAAGCGCAGACCGAAGCCCGCCGAGUUCUUCAAGAAGUCCAUCGUCCGCAAGGCACGAGUGAAGGUGCCUCCCAAGCAGGUCGUGGUAGUGGGAGCGAGUGGUGCCGGAGUCAGGACGACCACAGUGCUUCCUGUCUACAAGGACAAAUAGGGAAUUAACGCGUAGUUUGUUCGCCCCCAUCGACUGAGGGGGGCGACGUAUUGACGUGUUGGGUGGGAAACAUACUAUAGCUCAAUAGAUUUGUACGAGCAGGGCGGUACGCAAGGGGUCGCUCUUCCCAGUACGAGGUGAAACUCGGAAGUCUUUCUUUCUUUAUUCUGUCGACUUGCUCCCCAAAAUUAUCUUUCUUCUCUGAACCUGAUCCAAUUAUUUAAUUUUCGUCGAAACCACAAAAGUAUUAAGCAUAACUGGCGAUUCAUUCCCUGAAUAACGCGUCCUGGACUAUAAGCCUGUCCCGAGUGGUUUAGGACUAACAUCUCCGUUUUUUUUUCUUUUACAAAUCAAUCAAUCAAUCAAUCAUUUCGCAAUGGGUCGUCACAAAGUUCAAAUCAUACUACGGGUAGUAAGCAAUUGUGAAAAAUCAAUAGUACAGGUUCUACGUGUUGAGCUAGCGACCAGGGCAUAAAAAGAUGCAAACCCUGC